AUGGCAGAAUACAGGCUCUCGUACGAGUCGCAGUUGGAUGCCUUCCACCCUUCCUACCGAUACGAUGCCCGCGAUCCCCACGAGAACUGGCGAACUGCAGCUCUGCGCGGCCCCGCCCUGCCUGUAUUGGGUAAUGCAGUAGCUGGGGCCGUCGGUGCCGCCAUCUCCAAUGUGGUCGUCUAUCCGCUCAGCGUUAUCGUAGCGCGUCUACAGACCCAGAGACAGAAGGACGAGAAAUCUACAAAGUCCGACGAGGACAAUAACGAAGACGAAGACGAAGAUAAGUAUACGAGUCUCCUCGAUGCUUCCCGCAAAAUCUAUCAGCAACAGGGCAUCGCCGGCUUCUACCCCGGCCUCGCUCAGGAUACCUACAAAACCGUUGCCGACUCGUUCCUCUUCUUCCUGGCUUAUACCACGAUCCGUCAGCGCCGCAUAGUGUCACGCGUCGGGGCUGCGCACGCUGCGAAAAGCAAGAACAUCGUUUUGCCUGUCUUCGACGAGCUUGCCGUCGGUGUUUUGGCCGGCGCCCUCGCCAAGCUGUUCACCACGCCGCUGGCCAAUAUCGUCACCCGCAAGCAGACUGCAGCAACCCGCAAGGGUGCGGCGGGUAGUAAGGACUUAUCAACAGGGGGUAUUGCCGCUCGCAUUCGAGCCGAGAAGGGCUUCCAGGGCUUCUGGUCCGGGUACUCAGCCUCGCUAAUCCUCACGCUCAACCCGUCGAUCACGUUUUUCCUAAACGAAGUCCUGAAAUAUGCCCUCCUGCCGCGCGCCAAACGCGACCGCCCCUCUGCAUCAGUAACGUUCUUCCUCGCGGCCCUGAGCAAGGCCGUCGCCUCCUCGGCUACCUAUCCGUUCUCGCUUGCCAAAACCAGAGCCCAGGCCAUGGGGACGACACCUACUCCAGACUCCAAGUCCUCUUCUGAUGUGCGCAGCAAACAAAACACUCUCCGCACAGCUCUCACCCCUCAGAUUCUCUCCACCGUCCUCUCUAUCGCCCGCACUGAGGGUAUACCUGCGCUAUACGCCGGUCUCGGCGGCGAAGUCCUCAAGGGCUUCUUCUCACAUGGUUUCACCAUGCUCGCCAAAGACGCCAUCUACGUAUCCAUCGUCAAAUCAUACUAUCUUCUCCUAAUUGUACUGCGCCGCUAUCCGUCAUCUGAAGAGCUGAUCGAGCGCGCCCGCGAGCAGGCAGAGGAGUAUACCGAGGUUGCGCGCGAAGGCGCCCGCGAUUUGGCUGAGAAGACGCGCGAGGGCGCUGAAGAGGCGCUCAGUCAUCAUUCUGGUGGGGUCGCUGUCGACAUGACUUCUUCUAAUCCUGCUGCCUCUGCUGCUGCGGAUGCUGCGGAUGCUGUGAAUCAGAGUGCUGGGCAUGGCGUUGAUGCUUCCUCUGGUCUCAAGGUGCCUCCUAUUCCCAAUGAGGUUAAUGAGACUGCUGAGUUGGUAGGGGAUUAUGUUGAGGAUGAGGCGGCUGAGUGGCGUAGUUUGUAUCACUGGUUCUGGGAGAAAGGGCCGCAGAAGGGGUGA